UACAACGACAGUAUCCGGCUCGCCGGGAGGGGGGGUUGAGUGUGGGGGGUGGGUUGCCGCUGCCGGGGCGCCCCGGUUAUGGGUACAAGUCAUGUCGCUGCGGCCGUUCGCCUUCUCGUAAUGGAUGCGUGCCCCAUUGAUUGACGAGUACUUAUUGCACUUGCUGUUGAAUACUUUUGUUCAACGUAUGCAGUAGUUACUAUGAAGCUGCUUACAAAAGCUGAAGAAAACAUGCUUUGCCUUGACGUUAGCCCGUUCGCGGGCAUGGUCGAGACGGUCCGAGGCAUUAUGCGCUGCGCCAUGGACACACGGGUACCGGAAAAACUCCCGCAUCGCUAUGGGCCGGCCCCGACAGCGGCGAUGAAAAUCGGCCGGGCUACUCUAUGGACGAUAGCGGGCUCGGUGGCCAUUGUUGGUGUGGCUGCGUGGCAGCACUACUUCCUCAUGGCGUCGCAUCAACAGCUGCAGGAAUGCUCCGAGGAGAUCGCACGCAAGGCGGCAGCGGCUGGACCCCUGGAACUGACCACAGAGGAGGCGUGCCUGGAGGCGUGUGUGAAGGGCCAAGACGAGCUGGCGCUCAUGCGAGUGUUCGGAGCUGACCCGGACCUCAUCCAGAGCCUGGAAACCGAGGUGGUGCAGCCGCUGCGGCAUCCCCAGCAGCUGGCGGCGCAAGACAUGCCGGCGCACCUGGAGCCGCCCCACCUGGUGCUGAUCGAAGGACCGGUGCAGACCGGCAAGAAGUCGGUGGUCAUGGAGGUCGCGCGCACAAACGGCAUUACCGUGCUGCACCUGGACAAGCACUCGCUCGAGGCAGCCCACAAGGCGGCGUGCUGCUGGGGCGCGCUCGGCAGCUGGUGGUCCGGCGGCGGCAGCGUGGUGGCGGCUGCUUUCUCGCUCGCCAAGAAGCUGCAGCCGUGCAUCAUCCUGCUGGACAAACCGCACGAGCUGUCGCGAGGAAUGCAGGUGGCGCUCCGCGCCGAGCUGCAACGGCUGCGGGCGGCGCCGCAGGCCUGGUCGCAGGAGCGCGUGUCGGUGGUGGUGACCGUCGCGCCGCUGCUGUGGCAUCCGCCGGUCCAUGUGCCGGCCCGCCACCGCAUGAAGACGGCCCUGCCCAGCACCCGCCAGCUGGCCGCUAUGCUGCACGGCUUCCUGCACCGCCUGCAGUCCAGCGGCCAGCAGCCCGUGCAGGCGCAGCUGUUGUGGGCGCUGCAGCAGGCCGCGCGCGAUGAGCGGGCCGAUACGGAUCUCGGGUUCCAAGUCCACCAGUUCGUGCGGAGGCUAUGGAGCCGCACCGCGCCGCAGAUGGCGUGGCUGGUGCUGCGGGCGCGGCAGCGGGUGGCCGGCGACGCCAACGAUGGCGCGGCGCACCCGCUGGUGCUGCAAGACCUGGAGGCGGCACUGCAGGACCUGCUGGCGGAGGAGUGGCAGGGGUGGUGGUGGCCGGGCAGCUGGUCGGCGGGCACGUGGCUGCGCGUGGGUGCGGCGGUGGGGCUGGUCGGCGGCGCGGUAGCGGUGGCGCUGAUGCCGGAUGGGGGCGGCCAGCGCAGCGGCAGCGUGAGCGGCACUGCGUUGGUGCCGGUGGGCGUGUCGAAGCGCUGAUGUGUGGGGCGAAGCAGGUGCGCCAGGACAGAUUUGGGUCAUUUGGCGGAGGCUUGGUGAGAUGUAUGACUUGGUGAAUGUGAGCGUGUCAGGCCGGGAGGAUGUAUGCUUGAGCAUCAUGGGGAUAGUAUCCAAGACUGGAUGGUGGGUAACAUGUCCGAGCAUCGAGUGACACCGUUCGACACUACUGAUCUGGGUCUAUGAAGCGGUUUCCAACUUGGCACUUCAGAGCGUGCCGCGAUAGAUUGCGUGAUGGAAUCGGGCGCGGCCAUAGGAUGGACAUUGAUGGUGGAAGGAGGAAGACUCCACCCGUCAUGAUUCUUACUCGCACUAUCUAGCGUGUGGGGGCGUGUGAUACCGUAAUGGCCUCUAAUGAUACCGUACUAUGAUAGGUGACGGUGGUGGUGUGCAUAUAACUCCAACGCUAUUCGGUUGGCACAGUGAUCUGUCGGUGCCGGUAUGGAGUAUGGAGUGUCGGGCGCAACCCUGCAAACAGCUGACUGGCAGAGGGGCGGCGGCGUGCGGACCCUGGGCAUAAGCUCUUGAAGCCAUCAGGUCGAUGACUGCCUGCGGGCUGGGGGCGUCUGUCUCGGUUGCUUUGUCACCAGCAAAAUUCAACAGCGUGUGUGCCGCGAGAGCGUGACGGCAUCAGGCGCGGCCAAAGGAUGGGAGGCAGGAGGAACACUCUCUCCCCGGCUCCUAGGACCCAGGUGUAAGCCUGCUGGUCCCAGGUUGCUUCUGGGUGUAAGCUUUCUCACU